GCCCCGGCGAUGGCCCAGCCGCGGACGCGCGGGGAAGCAGGAGCUGGCGGCGAGCCGGGCGUGGGGACAUGCGCGGCCGCCUGUGGCUGAGCCUGGUGUGGCUGCUGCUGGCGCGGGCGCCCCGAGCCGCGGGGACCCCAAACAGCCCGCGGAGACCGCGUAGCUACCCACACCUGGAGGGCGACGUGCGCUGGAGGCGCCUCUUCUCCUCCACCCACUUCUUCCUGAGCGUGGACCCCAGCGGCCGCGUGCAGGGCACCCGCUGGCGUCACGGCGCUGACAGCAUCAUUGAGAUCCGAUCCAUCCGCGUGGGCGUUGUGGCCCUCAAGGCUGUGCACACCGGCUUCUACGUGGCCAUGAACCGCGAGGGCCAUCCCUACGGGUCGCGGGUCUACACUGCCCACUGCAGGUUCCAGGAGCGCAUCGAGGAGAAUGGCUACAACACCUACGCCUCACUCCGCUGGCGUCACCGUGGUCGGCCCAUGUUCCUGGCGCUGGAUGGGCAGGGGUCCCCGAGGCGUGGUGGCCGGACACAGCGGCACCACAUGUCCACCCACUUCCUGCCCAUCCUGGUCUCCUGAGGUCCCCAGGGGCCAUGAGGAGCAGCUGGUCAGUGACCCCACAAGAUGGCUGAGCGGCGGGGCCGGGGAGCCCUGGGCCGUGGCCACGCACAUCCGGUCCCUCCUCUUUUCCGCAAGCACUGGCAGCGUAUCUGCAGUGUGCCGGGCUGGGGAACCCCACAGCCGCGGCCUGACUCCCGGGGAGCUCCUGUCUGAGUCUGCGGGGAGGUGGACGCUGAGCUGAGCACAGGCCGCAGGUGUCUGUUCGCAAGCAGGGGGAGGGGCACGGAGGCCCCAGCCACCACCCCGGCUGGAGACUGAAGGUCCGGGAAGGGCGCUCCCGGCUGGGACGCGGCCCAGGCAAAGGCUCUGAGGCGGGAACCCACUGGUGCCUCCGGCAGGGAGGAGGUCUGAGGGCCAAGGGAGAGAGGGCAACAUGACGUGCUGUGGGUCACAGGUCCCCGUGCCUCCUGUCGUCUCACGUGGCAUUGGGGACCUUGACAAGGCCCCUGAGGUGGGGGUGACCCUGGGUCGGGGUGGGGGGGCCUGCGUCCUCACGAGGGCCUCAGGAGAGGGAGGCAGAGAGACGGGAGGGCCCCGUGCUGCUGGCCGUGAAGACGGAGGAGGCGCGUGGCCAAAAAGGCUUCGUGUCAAUGUCCUUCAGGGGCUCAGGGGGCCCAGGGUGGCUGUGCCUGCAGCCUGCCGGGCACUCCUGAGCCCUCACCCCCAGCUGACCCCGCCCCCCCACCGCUGCAGAAGGAAAGGGGGCGGAGCUAAGAAGCCAGGUCCAGCCCCCAGCUCUGCAGCCUUGGGCGGGCAGGCGGGGCCCACCCCAGCCAAGGUGGGCUGCUCAGCUUGGGGAAGGGAUCAGUCCCUGGAGUGGGGGUGUGUACAGACCGGACGCUCACCGGGGUGAAGGAUACCCCCCCCGUGGCCACAUAAACACAAAUGCGGCCCGACAGGCCCCCCCCCCCCCUCGGCUCACCUUCCGUGACACCGAGAAACUGCCACCUGCUCCUGGGGUCCUGGGUCGGGUCUGCGGCCGUGGAGCCUGCCAGGGCCAGAGAAGCUGGGCUGCCCCCAGUGCCGACGCAGAAGGAAAGACGCCAAACUACCUGCUUCUCUUUCUAAGUAGGUGUAUUUUUAAAUAGCUUUCAAGAUACACGUAUUUUUUCCUUUAAAAAACGUCUGUCGGAGCAGUUUUAUUCUUGUUUUGCUGGUCAUCCUGUGGUCCCGAGUCCUCGGUGCCUGGGUUGGGGGCUGGCGGCCGGUCUAGGCGUCUCAGAGACCCCAGCCUGGCGGCUCCACCCGGUCUUUCCACAGAUCAUGCAGGGCCGCACGUGAGCGAAAACGUCCAUUUAUUUCAGAGCAGUAAUAAUUUAAAAUUAUA